AGCGAGAUCUUGAUCAACCGUCGACUGCUGAGCCCGUUCGACCGACCGAGCGGCUUCAUUUGUCAAGGAUAGUUAAGGAUGGGAAGCCGCGGCGUGGCGGACAUCAGCCAGGUGUACGAGCGCAACCAGGAGGCGACAGCCUACUGCGGCAAUCUCGACCCGCGGGUGGACGAGGAGACUCUCUGGGAGCUGUUCAUCCAGUGCGGUCCUGUCAAGAACGUCCACAUCCCCAGGGACAAGGUCACGGGAGGACACUCAGGUCGGUCAGCUCCACUCCAUGCAUACACACGUACCCAGCCAGCUGCCUGUCGUGUGCACGUGCGUCUAUCUGUGGCGUGUCAUCCAUCCAUGGUACGUCAGGGUAUGGCUUUGUGGAGUUCCACAGCGAGGAGGACUGCGACUACGCCAUCAAGAUCAUGAACAUGGUCAAGCUCUACACCAAGCCACUGCGGUGCAACAAGUCGGCGCAGGACAAGCGCACCCAGGAGGUUGGCGCCAACCUCUUCAUCGGCAACCUCGACCCGGAAGUGGACGAGAAGCUCCUGUACGACACUUUCAGCGCCUUCGGCGUCCUCCUCUAUGCGAAGGUGCCUCUAAUCUAGCUGACACGGCUGGCACAGUGUGCGGCGCGUGUGUGGAUGGGAUAGGUGUGUGGGUGUUGUGUUAGGUGAUGCGUGACCCCGAGAGCGGGGAGUCCAAGGGCUAUGGGUUUGUGGCCUACGACGCCUUCGAGUACUCGGAUGCGGCCAUGCAGGCCAUGAACGGCCAGUUCCUAUGCAACAGACCCGUCCACGUCUCAUACGCCUACAAAAAGGACACCAAAGGUGUGCUGUGGACACACACACCAACACCAACACACUUCGGACGACAGGCGAGAUGAGAUCUCUGUGUGUCACCUGUUGGUGCGUUCAGGGGAGCGUCACGGUGCAGCAGCAGAGCGUCUCAUCGCGGCGAAUCGUCCCAAGGAUUUGAAGAUCCGCCCGCCACACACCAUGUUCGCCAAUGUCCCGACAGCCCCCGCACCUCUCGCCAGCGGUAUGAGCCAGAACCCCACGACACACAACGCCAACAACAAUGUUGAUCAUCUUUUGUGUAUGGCUGUUGUCACAUAUAUCAGCUGGUCCCCCUCCGGGCCUGACGGCUCCCACCUCGACCUCAGCCGCGUCCAUGGCCGGCCCGCCGCCCGGCCUGGCACCCCCUGGCAUCCCUCCACAGAACUUCAGGCCGCCAGUGGGGAUGCCCGCACCACCCAUGGCCGUCCCAACUCUGCCACCAGGUGCGGUGCGUGUGACUGCUGUGGAUGGAUGGAUGGAUGGGAAGACGAUGACACGUGUGUGUGUGUGUGUGUGUGUGUGUGGUGGUUGUGAGUGCAGGUAUGCCUCCCCCUCCGAUGCCGUUCUUCCCCCCGGGCAUGCCGCCCUUCGCUCCACCAGCGCAAUGAGGGAGGGAGGGGAAUUUCACCAGCUGGCCACACGGAAUGGUGCGUGCGUGCGUGGUUCCAUUUCAUGGAUGGUGGUGCGGUCGUGUGAACUUGAUUGUUUCUGAUCAAGGUGAAUGAGAUUGGGUUGGUUAUGAUGGUAUGCUGUGUUGCACGGUAGACAGACAGAGACAUUGUUAAAGGUACGUACCAGAGAGAGAGCUGAGCAGCGUCCAUCCAUGCCGGGUGGCCACAUAGGUAGGUAGAGGUCCAUCCAUUCCAUCAGUCGACGCACGAAAGGUCCAUCCAUCCAUCCAUUGAUUAGCAGUGAGUGAGUCGAGUCCUCGUGCUUAGCAGCUUAGGCGUGCAGGGAAGAGGGAGAAGAGGAAACAAAG